AGAAAAGAAACCUGUGUUCUUCUUUGUUUUCACCCACACACACCUCUGUUCUGCAGAGAGAUCCGUGCCUACUCCAUUCCUCUCUUCAAACUCACAUCACUUCACACACACACCAUUUUCUUCAACCCAGAUCUCACUACAACACCAACAACAAACAACUCCAAUUCAUUCCCUUUCACUUUUCACUUCUAAAUCUCUCUCUCUCUCUCUCUCUCAAAUCAUCAAUUCACUAUGCAACCAAAUGCCUCCUAAUCACAACCACCACAUCAAAUUCUCUCAUCACAACUCCUAUUCUCUCCUCAACGAAGAGAAAUGGUCUUUGGCAAAACCUCCGGCGGAAAAAGCAACCUCCGAAUCUCAUCUUCUCUUCAAGAUCUCACUUCUUACCGCCACCUCGAUCCUCAAGAUUCAAUCUCAGCCGUCAAUUCAAUUCACCCUCAACAACAACAACUCCUUCAGAACUCAACUUUCUCCAAAACUAAACCAAUCCAAACAUUAACCCCACCCCGUAAAAAAUGGGCCAGGCCAAUUACACUCUCCCUCUGUCUCCUCCUCUUCAUAAUAUUCCUUAUUUCAGCAAUCGUCGUUUAUAAUAACUCUCAUCAGAAUUCAGGUAAAUACUACGUCGUUUUGGAUUGUGGUAGCACCGGAACGCGUGUUUACGUUUACAAAGCUGAAAUUGAUCACACACUCACUCAAGAUACUUCUUUACCAAUUGUUGUUACUUCGUUAAGAAACGGUUUACAGAAAAAACCCGGUUCCCAAAGUGGUCGUGCUUACGAUCGAAUGGAAACUGAACCGGGUCUUGAUAAACUCGUUCACAAUGUAACCGGUUUGAAAACCGCUUUGAAACCGCUUCUUAAAUGGGCUAUGAAACAGAUUCCAGAAGCUUCUCAUAAAAGCACUUCGCUUUUUCUCUAUGCUACUGCUGGUGUUCGUAGGCUUCCCAAUGAGGAUUCAAAAUGGUUACUUGAUAAUGCUUGGAAUGUUCUUAAAGGUUCUGUUUUUGUUUGUAGAAAAGAUUGGGUUAAGAUUAUUACUGGUACUGAAGAAGCUUAUUAUGGUUGGAUUGCUUUGAAUUAUGAUAGUGGUAAUUUGGGUGUUAAACCUAGGAAAAAUACUUAUGGUGCACUUGAUUUAGGUGGUUCUUCUUUGCAGGUUACUUUUGAAGGUGAGGAUGAUCAACAACAUUUGAAUAGUGAAACUAGUUUGUAUGUUAGGAUUGGUUCUGUUAAUCAUCAUUUAACUGCUUAUUCUUUAGCUGGUUAUGGUCUUAAUGAGGCUUUUGAUAAAUCUGUUGCUUAUAUUUUUAAGAAAGAAAAAGUUGGUUUAGGAGGGAGUGUUAAACAUCCUUGUUUGCAAACUGGGUUUAGGAAUCAAUAUACGUGUUCCCGUUGUUCUUCGGGUGAGAAAGGAAAGGAAGGGGAGAGUCCUAAAGUUAAUGGGAAUGUUGGGGGUGGUGGUAAAGGAGAGAUUAAUAAAACUCCGGUAAUGCUUGUUGGUGCGCCGAAUUGGCAAGAAUGUAGCGCACUUGCUAAGGUUGCUGUUAAUUUGUCAGAAUGGUCUGAUGUUGGUCAGGGUCUUGAUUGCGAAGUGAAUCCUUGUGCUCUGCGAGAGAAUCUUCCUCGACCGAUGGGUCAUUUUUAUGUGAUUUCUGGAUUUUUCGUGGUGUAUAGGUUUUUCAACUUGACUUCUGAGGCUACUAUUGAUGAUGUGUUGGAAAAGGGUAGGGAGUUUUGUGAAAAAAGAUGGGAUGUUGCUAAGAAAAGUGUCGCUCCGCAACCAUUCAUUGAGCAAUAUUGUUUUAGAUCACCUUAUGUUGCUUCUUUGCUGAGAGAGGGUUUGCAUAUUACUGAUAGACAUAUAACUGUUGGAUCUGGAAGUAUCACUUGGACACUUGGGGUGGCUUUGUUAGAAGCUGGGAAAUCUUAUUCGACAAGAUUUGGGCUUCGUGGUUUUGACUUGGGUCAGAUGAAGAUGAAUCCUCUGAUUCUUAUUCCCAUUUUGUUGAUUUCUCUCAUUCUUCUAUGUUGUGCUUUAUCAUGUGUCCUCAAAUGGAUGCCAAGAUUUUUUCGGCGGCAAUAUCUCCCCCUUUUCAGACAUAACGGUGUGUCCAAUGCAUCUGUUCUUAGUAUCCCGUCUCCUUUAUGGUUCAAGAGUUGGAGUCCAAUUAUUUCUGGAGAGGCAAGAAUAAAGACACCACUCAGCCCAACAAUCGCAGGGUCACAAGAUAGACCAUUUAGCCUGGGGCAUGGUCUUGGUGAUAACAGCGGUGGCAUCCAGAUGAUGGAAUCUUCCUUUUACCCAGCAGCCAGUAGUGUCUCGCAUAGUUAUUCCUCAACCAAUUUAGGGCAGAUGCAGUUCGACAGUAGUAAUAUUGGGACCUUCUGGACGCCCCACAGAAGUCAGAUGCGUCUGCAGAGUAGGAGAUCACAAUCUCGAGAAGACUUGAAUUCGUCAAUGACUGAGGCACACAUGGUGAAGGUUUAAGGCAUCAUCUUCUGGAUUUCGUGCAGGAGCCUUCCUUGUGCUUAAUAAGAUUUCCACCCAUUUCUUCAAUGUUUGUAAUUUUGGACUGCACUUAUUUAAUGGCUAGCUUUGAGUUGUUGUAGAGCAAUCAAUCGGGGCUGCCCAAAAUGAAAUUUUCCGGGCAUUGCCUGAACAUCUUGUCAUUGUACUGUCAUCAGUUAUGAUUCUUGUUCAUUUAAGGAUAUUUUGGAAAUCCAAGCUGUGUUAUUUUCUCUAAAUAUUCACCGCAAGAUGUAAAGGAUUUGUACGUGUCCCAGCAUUUCAGUUUUUGUCGUGGAGAUGACCGCAGAUGCUAAAGAAGAGCUGGGGAAAAUGUUCAAUCCCAAACUAAUUUGCUUCUCCGGAUCUAUCGUCUAAACCAAUUUCCUCCACAAGCUUCCUUGCGCAAAUGAGAGCACUCUUGUUCAAUCAUUCCUUACCACUCUCUUGUGGUGACUAAUGAUUUCUCCAUGUUUUGCCUGGACUGUACAGUUUUGCGGUGACUGUCUGUAAGCCUUCAAAGCACCCCAAGUCCAUCGAGCAUGGGAAGAUCAUCAAACUGCAAAGAUCAAUUAUUUUGUGACUGUUCCAUACCAUUUUUUGAACUUAUAAAUCGCCAUUACUUACUAUAUAGAAAGAAUCUCCCCUUGUUUCAUAAGUGAAUGAUGACUGAGAAAAACACUUGGAAAACAUAAACCAUUGAGAGAAGUUGUAACAUAAUACAAUGCUUACAUCUUAUACAUCGAAUAAUUGAAUUUAGUUACCGAUGUUA